ACAUUUUCUCGUUCUGAAGUCUGCGAUAUUGUGAUUUGUGAUAAGAAUAUGGUGGUUAAUGUGGUUUCUGAGGAAGUGUUUUUGUAAAUUUCAUUUUUAAAUUACUAGUUAUAAGACUUUUAAGGUCAAAUAUUCCACAAUGGCAGAAGCAGCUGUAGAGGAUGGGUCCUUACAAAAGUUUUACUGUCACAUGUGCAACGUACAGUUUCAAGAUGCCUCUGCUAAUUUCACAUGUCCCCAUUGCUCGGACGGAUUCGUUGAAGAGUUGCAAGAGACUCCAGAUGGAAAUGACGAGAUGGCCGACGUUGAAUGGGAAGAUUCUGAAGUAGCGGAUACACUAAUGACUGCAUUGCCUCUGGAUUUCAUUGAGGAACGAAGAACUCGAUCCAGAUCAGAAGGGAAUCGUCCUGGCAGAAGGUACGCUAAUCGCGCCAGGAUAGUUAGACCCAGGACUCUCACAAGACUGGCUACCUCCAAUUUAAGACAGCAAAUACCACUUGAACAUCUACUACAAGAUUUUGUUGUGAAUUUAGGAAUGAACUGGGCUACCCCUCAAAAUAUGCAGGUAUUUCUGGGACAUCCCGGCGAUUAUGCCUGGGGAAGAGAAGGACUGGACGCUAUUGUUACUCAGCUAUUGAACCAGAUGGACAGCACAGGUCCACCACCUGUUUCUAAGGAAGUUAUCGAUGCCCUACCGAUAGUCGAAGUAACUGAGGAACAGGUGAAUGUGAAACUGCAAUGUUCAGUAUGCUGGGAAGAUUUCCAAUUGAGAGAGUCUGUUCGUCAGUUGCCAUGUUUGCACAUUUACCAUGAACCUUGCAUAAGGCCAUGGCUGGAGUUGCAUGGAACUUGCCCCAUCUGUCGGCAGAACCUAGUAAAUAACGAACUUUCUAGUGAUAGUAACCAAGACACUGGCUCUGGAGGUGGAGGUAGCAGCAACUACAAUCUUCUGAGACUGUUCCAAUCUCGAAGUAGUAAUUCCUCCAACGGUUCUAGUUCAAGUUCUUUAGAUAAUCAAGGGGCUCGAACAAGAUCGAGGUCGCAGAGUGAUUCCAAUAAUUAACUGGUAGAUUUGAUAUUUGAAUUGUGCUUGCUUUGAAGUCAUUUAAUAAUAAUUAUACAUGAAAUGAUAUUUGAAUUAUUCCAAAUAAUAUGUACGAUUCAGGAGAAGAAUAAAAAGCGGCAAUACUUUUUUCCCAUUUUUGAAAUUGAGGUAUUCUACAGAAAUUUUUGAGGAGUAUUGUUGAAAAGCGGCCAUCCUUCUGGAAAGGAAAAUUGUGCUUGGUUUGACACUGCUUAUCUUUUAUUCAUAAAAAGGAUUUUGUGAAGGGAUUGAUAAUUAGAAAAUAGCGUUUUGCUUUAUUUUCUGGUGGGUGAAGAAAAUGGAAAACGGAAACAGAAAUGAAGAAAAAAUUACCAUAUUCUUAAGAAAAUUUGUAGAUCAUCCACACAUGUCUUUUUUAGAUGCAAAUAGGAGAAAUAGUAUUGGAAAAACGUCUCAAGGAUACUGAAUUACAUUACACAAACAUCUAUUCAUACAUAUAUUCUUAUAUAUUUAUUUAUGUCGUAGCAUUACUGAUGAACAAUUUAUAUCAAUUUUUUAAUUACAGAUAUUCAAUGUACUGUAUUCAAAAAAAGUUGGUUUUUCCUAAUCCAAUAUCCUUAAAGUAGAGUAGUUGUUCCAGAUAAAUCAUUUCUUGUUGCUUGUAUUUAAAAGAAACUUCUGUGGAUCUCGAAGAGUAUUGAUUGAUAUUUUAGAGUUUUCUUCCUUUAACGGACGUUUUUCAUUUUUUCAUUCCUGUGGAUGAGAAAAGCAACACCAUCUACUACACUCUAAUUCUUCCCCUGGAUUACCUCGGAAAUAAGUAAAUUUGUUGUGCUUCAUCUGAAAUGUUUCAUCUGAAACUAAGCUGCAAAACGUGAUACUCAAGCACUUUGGAACAAUUUUUUUUUGGUGUGAAACAUUGAAGACAUAACCUAAAAGUAUUUAAAGCGGAUCCGAUUCAUGAAAAAAUUGUUUUUACCCAUCUAAAAUGUUUCAUUUGAGGCUGCGACAAGAGUAGGCGAAGGUGAAACAUUUUAUAUGUGAAAUUGUUUUUUUUGAACCGCACUGUUCGUGAUUGAAAUCGAGUUUUAUUUGGCACAUUUCUUGACGUUUCCACAACUUUCGAAGUUGUCUGUUUCUGUAUUCUGUUAUUUCAUUCAUGUUGUGAUUCUCAAUAUAAUUGACUUAUCAUAAAAACACACAUUGAGUUGCUGCUGGAAACUAGCGAUUUUAUAUCGGAAAUUAUGUUGUUUUAUUUGUCCACCCAUCACUGCAGCAUCACAAAUUAAAUACUCAUAAAAAACUUUGUUGUCAAAUGGAAAAAGUGAAUGUUUCGAUUCAUUCCAUCAACAAUUUUUUACUUAAUAUGCAGAAUUGCCUACAUUAUUCAUCUUUCAAUGAAACCUUGGCAGCUCUCGUUAUUACAAAGUUUUUAAAACUUCUGACAUACUUACUGAUUUUUUUAGUAAUGUAUCUGAACCGUUUUUUAUAAUUUUUCCAUGUUUUCGAUAUUUAGUUAUCUGUUUCACAGUUUAAAUCUAACUUAACUGAAGUAAACGUCUCUAAACAAACUUUAUCUGAUCUGCCUAACUCAACACCUAGUGAAAAAUUUAAAAAUUCCAGUCGUAGUUUAUGUAAUUUCCUAAUUAGAUAGCGGAAUUAUUCUGAAAAAUAUGCUCACGAGUUAUACGUUUGUAAUCUCUUAUAAAGUUGGGUAGAUUGAUUUUUUUCUUGAAGAAAUACACUUGAGAUUAAUUAGUUUUAAUUCCUUUGAGAUUCUUAGUCAAAGUUACAACGGCUGAUGAAGACAGUAGUGGAGUUUUCUCAAUAACAAAAGUUGGAUGUACAUUAAUUGUACUGAAAAUUUAAUUGCAAUACAAUUUUUUUUGUGAUGUGUGUUUUUAUGAUAAACAACUGAUGAAUUUACAUUAGUCAUGUUAUUUACUUUGUAUAUAUAAAAAUUGUAUAGAAUGGACAAUUAAAAAAAUUAUGUUAAGAA